CAGUCAGCAAAGCCUGGGAGAGCUCCAGCUCCUCCCUCCCUGCUCUGCUCAGCUUCACUCUCCUCCUCCGCUCCCUCAGAGCGCCCUGUGCCCUGGCAGUGCCACCCAGCCCUGGCAUCCUGAGGUCCUCCCAUGGUGAGGACCUGAGUGAACCAGAGGGGGUGGAAGAAGGAGGGAGGAAAGAGCAAACAUUGUGCCCUGAAGACGCUGGAUGCUAAAGCUGGAUUCGCUGUUCCUGGUACUCCCUGGGUGCAUCCCUUUCUCAGGGUCCACCUGGACAGGCUGCAAGUUCCAGAGGCACGCAAGGUGGGUGCUCUGUCUUCUGGGUGCUGACAGCACAGCCUGCCUUCCCUCUGCCACUAUGAGCGGCUGCUCCAAAAGAUGCAAGCUUGGGUUCGUGAAAUUUGCCCAGACCAUCUUUAAGCUCAUCACCGGGACCCUCAGUAAAGAUAAGAUUGAAGAUGAGUUGGAGAUGACCAUGGUCUGUCACCGGCCAGAGGGGCUGGAGCAGCUUGAGGCUCAGACCAAUUUCACCAAGCGGGAGCUGCAAGUCCUAUAUCGAGGCUUCAAAAAUGAGUGCCCCAGCGGUGUGGUCAAUGAAGAAACAUUCAAGCAAAUCUAUGCUCAGUUCUUCCCUCAUGGAGAUGCCAGCACAUAUGCCCAUUACCUCUUCCACGCCUUCGACACCACCCAGACAGGCUCUGUGAAGUUUGAGGACUUUGUAACUGCUCUGUCGAUUUUACUGAGAGGAACCGUCCAUGAGAAACUAAGGUGGACGUUUAAUUUGUAUGACAUCAAUAAAGAUGGUUACAUAAACAAAGAGGAGAUGAUGGACAUAGUCAAAGCCAUCUAUGACAUGAUGGGGAAAUACACGUAUCCCGUGCUCAAAGAGGAUACCCCCCGACAGCACGUGGAUGUCUUCUUCCAGAAAAUGGACAAAAAUAAAGAUGGCAUCGUGACUUUAGAUGAAUUUCUUGAAUCCUGUCAGGAGGAUGACAACAUCAUACGGUCCCUCCAGCUGUUCCAAAAUGUCAUGUAAUUUGGAGACAGCUCUCAGAGACGUUGUACUAAGCCACACCUUAACACCUUGAUCUGCCCUUGUUCCGAUUUUACACACUGAGUCUUGGGACAGACACACCUUUUACACUUUGGAAGAAUUCCCUGCUGAGGACUUUCUGUGGGACCAGCAUCACACAACUCGGUCUCUGAGCUCCAACUCUUCCACCUCCCUCUUCAUGAGAGAGAUGAGAUAAACCUGGGUUUGUUCCGGAAGCACGCUCAUUUCUUCACACUCCUGCCUGUGGAAGGUCCCGCUGCUUGAGCUUCAUCAGUAGUGCACUUUUCUGCUUGCGUGCCCCGCCCACUGCCUCCGCAUCCAGCAGACCUUGAUGCAUCUGGAAGUAAGAUGACCUGAACCAAACGCACUCCAUCCUCUGAUGGCCUCCCAAGCCAAUGUGCCUGUUUCCCUUCCUAGGGGGAAGAAUGAGCAUUACACAGCAGUGGCCUGUCAUAUAACUAGAUUGGGAGAGCCAACACCUCACAUAAGUACACUAGGACUGAACUAUUAAGCAUGGCAUUGAUGACCCAGACUGCCCACUGUCCUUUGUUUCCAGAGGCAAGACCAGAAUUUCUCUCUCAAACUAGCACCUGAGCUGGUAGGACAAGUCCCUUCACACGCCCAGGAAGAGAGCUAAUGCGUGGUCCCUGCCUCCACUCCAUCUCCCACUAGAGCCCUGCACUGCAUGUCCCUCCCAGACAGCCCAGAAUGUCUGCAAAUUGCUGUAAUUUUAUACCAUGUUCUAAUCAAUAAAACAAAACUAUU